AUGUUGUCUGUAGUCACUGUCGAACAUGACCAAACUCUCGGCGAAUUUGUGGAAUGUCGAAGGACGCCCCAGAGUUGCAGUCCGAAUAUGUUCUCUCGCGUUGGGACCAGUAUUGAAGGCGGCAGCAAUGAUUGUAGCUCGACGGGGCGCAUGAUGAAAUGCUUCACUUGCGGACCGCGUUGCCAGUUUCAGUCUUGUCCAACUGAGCUGCAGUGCAUCGGCGUUAUUGUCAUUGUUCCUCAAAGUCUCGAGCAUUUUGGAUGUCUUGCCUGUAAUCUACACGGCGAACCAAGUUUUGUGCAGUUCUCUUGGCGGAAUCUGAAAUACACGCUUGAAAAGGUGCUGUGCGAUUUUGGUGCCAAGGUCAGACUGAAGGCGAGUUGGGAUUUCAUUUCUGCAGUGUGGAGAGCUAGUGAAGUCGUUCCUGAAGUUCCGUAUCAGAAGGGCAUAGUCACCGCGGUUGUCAACGGCGUUGCAACCAUUGAAUGCAUAUCUGCAUCGAAAAUCAUGUUUUACGCUUUGCACGAAUUUCCGCAUCACAAUAUCAGGGUUGGGACAAACGUUGAGUUUGUUUCCGUCUGUGCGGAUGACGGAGAAGAGGUAAUUACCCGAUUGGAUAUCUUAACAUCUGAGGUACAACAAAUAUCAUUGGAGAAAUACAUCGGCCGUGUCGUCAGCAUUCCUAGUGGUCCUAAUGGCUGCGAAUUAGGUACCUUGGAGUACAGUGCUGAUACAAGGCAGCUAUUAGUCCCAUUUUGGAAAAAAGACUUGGCAUUCACACACACGCUGUUAAGCGGUGAUUUCGUUCAGUUCCGUUUGAGAACUGACGUUAGUGGUGACAAAAACGGACGAUUCGCUGUCGAUAUCCACUUUUUGAUCGAAAUGAGUUUAUUCAACGAGAACGGACGUGUUCAGGCAGAUGUUUUGUCUGUGUACCCGGAUUACGCGAUAUCGAUUUGUCAGGGUGACAAAAGGCCAAUUUUAUUCCGAAAGUCAGAGCUAAUUAGAGAUAUCGGUCUUCGGCCCACCAUGAUAGUGGACGUUACGACUGACAAGUCGACUGUCUACCAUUCAAAUCGAUCGAAUAUCUCUUGUCCAGCUCUUGCAGCUGGUGAUGUUGCUUCCGUAAGGAGUAGUAGUGCUGACCCGCCGUGCGAAAGUCCUCAGAUGUGCCAAUUAUGGCAUACUUCAAGAAAACCAAUAACUUCAGAAGAAAACGCCUCCGAAUCAUGCAGCUCUAUUUCUUCGAUCGAAAAUGAUCUCAAACAUUGCGACAUGGCUUUGGACGGCAAAGAAGAUUCUCCAACCCAGCACCUAUACGACCCGUUUGGUAUAAAGAACAUAGACUGGUCAUCAGGUGCCCUUUAUUCUUCCAAUCUCUUAUCUGAAAAUUUCACCGACAAAGUGACGCUUUGCCUCAGCCCACAGAAGGCGCUUAUCAACAAAAGCCUAGAAAAGGCACGCUCUGCUUGGUACGCAGUCGCGCCCACUGUAGGUGCUAAGUAA